UUUAUCAGUUCUGCUUUUCUCCUUCCUUCCGCCUCUUUCAAGUCUGUCUUCCUCCGCGACUGUUCUCCGACUUUCCGUUAGCACUUUUGUAUCAGCCUCUCUCUCGCUCUCUACACUGUACAGUCAAGCAGUCAAAAUUCCUCCUCCUAAAGUAAUCAUCUUUCUCUCUUUCUCUCGGUGAGUGAGGAGGUGGAAUUCCUUUCCUCCGCCAUGAAUUUCCACCUCAAUCACAACAAUUCCUCUCCUUCUUCCUCCAACUCCUCCUCCACCCCUAACCCCCUCAGGGAUACCCCAUCUGCCUCCCUCACCACCACCGCCACCACGACGACCACCGCCACCGCCGCCGACGACCCAAUGCACUCCUGGUGGGAAUCUAUUUCCAAGGCUCGCUCCCGCAUCCAUGCCCUCGCUACCAUCCUCCCUUCUUCUUCCUCUGAUUCUCUCAUGACCCUCGCCGAUUCCGACCGCCCUGCCCUCUCUCUCCUCUCCUCCCCCCUCGCCUACUCCGCCAUCGCUGAUUCUCUCUCUUCCCCUGAUUCUGGAGCCGGUUCCGAUCCCCUCUGCCACUGGCUUUACGAUACCUUCCUUUCCUCUGACCCCCAUCUCCGUCUUGUCGUUCUUUCGUAUCUCCCACUUCUCUCGGGUCUUUACCUCACUCGAAUCCACAAUUCCUCUCCCGAUUCGCCUUCGCUUCCUUCUCUGUCUGGCUUCGAGGCUGUUCUCUUGGCUCUCUAUGCUUCUGAGACCAAAUCUCGUGGCGGAAAACCUGUUGUGGUUACAAUUCCAGAUCUGUCGCAGCCUUCUAUUUACCACACGCCGAUGAAGAAACCUGGUGGUAAUGGGUUUAACCAAACGAGGCCUUCCGUUGGGGUUAUGUCUGCUCCGCUUGAGCCUAUGGUUGCGGUGAAAUCGACCAAAAGGGCUUGCAUUGUUGGUGUCGCGCUUGAUUGUUACUACAAGCAGAUCUCCCAGAUGCCUAGCUGGUCUAAGCUUGAAUUUUGCCAAUUUGCUGCUGGUUGGGCCGGGCAGGAUUGUCCCUGUAAGGGAGAGUUUGAUGGCGGGGAAGAAAUUAACGCUAACGGGCUUUCCAAUGGCGUCGAUUUGAAGGAGGGGGAUGUGGAAAUUGAGGAGGAAGUUGUGAAAGAGAUGGAGAAUUUGGCAAUUCAAAGGUAUGAUUUUGCAUCUGAAUCUUCCAAAGGGAGUAGAAUUCCUCUUCCUUGGGAGCUUUUGCAGCCAAUUUUGAGAAUCCUGGGACACUGCUUGUUGGCUCCAUUGAAUUCUCAGGAAGUCAAGGAUUCUGCUUCAGUUGCAGUAAGGUGUUUAUACGCUAGGGCGUCGCAUGAUUUGGUGCCUCAGGCAAUUCUGGCUACAAGGAGUCUCAUCCAGCUAGAUAAGAGGACUCGGGAGGCUGCCAAGGUGGUGGCUUCAACAGCAAGUGCAUCAUCAAAUGCUAACACGCCCAGCAAAGCCAAGAAACCUGAAAUUCUUUUGGUCUCAAAGUGACUGGUGGAAAGGUUCAAAAUGUGCUUGUGAAGAAGAUGAUGAUUGCUGUAUAGUGACUAAAUCAGUAACAGAUCGAGAGUGUUUUGUCUAGGCUUCAUACUGUAAGAAGAAUCCAGUGUUUGUAUCAUAGAACGAUAGUUUGUGCCUUUUUAAGUUAUAUAUGUUUUUUCCUUUACCCCAAAUGAAUAUUUAGUUGUUUUGACAUUGUUCUUUAUAGUCUUGAUUUAUUGCUAUCAUUUGUUUCA